AUGGCGCAGGACGGCGACCUUCUGCCUGGAGCUGUUGGAGGCGGUUCCGAGACCGUUGCUGGCGACGUCUCCUUGUUGGUGCUUCGCAGGUUGCUGUCCAGCCUUUCGUCGACGUCAUCACGCGGCGCUUUGCUUGGCAUGAUGUGCAGACGGUUGGUUGGGUGCCUCAAGAAUGCCACCAGUGCAUGGACAGCUGACGCUGGCCAUGCCGGAGUUGAACGUCUGGCUUUGCUGUGGGAAACCUGCGGCCUCUGUUUGCGAGUGAGCGCCUGUGGUCAGCAGCACUGCGAAGAACUUGUGAAGGCUGCUUGCCCCAUAUUGCAUCAUUGCAUGGUGUCCAGUGAUGACAGCCUGUCACAUCUGCGAAACGUGGUUCUGAAGGCCCUUCACGCGUUGGGCUCGGAGCCACAAUUCUCGGAUAUGUUGAGAAGCCCUCCUUGCUCCAACCGAGACUCCCUUCUCUUCUUUCUUGUAGACUUGAUUGGGAAAAACACGGGGGCUGCUGUCCGAUUGAUUGUUGGCACUCUUGCUGCCGCUUCUUCGACCAGUCGCGAGCUUUGUGAGACACUCAGCAAGUUUCAUGUGGAGAACUCCUAUUGGCGGCAGUUAAGCCGGGGGCUUGGAGCUGAGCUGGCAGAGCAUCUCGGAGACAGUAAUGAUGAUGCAUGUUGCAGCUUCGCAGCCUCUUUGGCACGGGUCUUCGCCAGCUUCGUUCUCAGUUCAUGCACCAGUGAGGAACAUGCCGAAGUUCAAAUCAACUUUGCUAUUGGUGGGCUUCUUCUCGCAUGGCUGGCGCAGGGUUCGCAACAUGCGAGCCGCGCUCUAAAGCAGUAUUUGGGAUCGUCGAGGUCACUUGUUGAUCUUCUUCGAACAUUUACGGUCUUUCAGGACCAUUGUGGAAUGUUGACAGAUGCCUCGCUUAUCAGCAUGCACAAGCUGAUGACGUCACUGACGUCAUUAUCCGAUGUCGAUGGGCUUGUGCGGUUUGACACAUCGAUGGAUGUUUCAGGGACAUCGAUGCUGUAG